AUGGCUUGUACAUUAAUAUUGCGCGAUCUAUCGAUCGAACGUUCAACGAAUCACAUCACGAAAAGCGAUUAUAAGAAAUUAACUGUAGCCGGACCCGUUUCGUCGAUGGUGUUUAUGUUCGAAAAGACUUGGUUAGCAUGUGCUAUUGGAAACAGAAUAUUUAUAUACAAAAUUGAUGAAGGUCGACAUAUAUCAACACUAAGCGCUCAUAUUCGACAAAUAAAUGUAUUACUCUAUGAUGAUGAUAAAGGAUGUCUUAUAUCGGGUGGAGAAGACGGUCUUGUGUAUAGAUGGGAUAUUGAAGGUAUUAAACUUGACCGAAAUAUUGAAUCUCAACCAGCAAAAUCUUAUCAAGGACAUACCCAAGCCAUUAAUGAUUUAUCUGUAAUAAAACUAGCAAAAUCCCAUUUACUUUUAACAGCAUCAAACGAUUCAUCUGUUCGUCUGUGGGAUAUAGUCAGUGGAAAAUGUAUAUGUACGUUAUUAUGUCCGUCUGAAGUACAUUCAAUUUGUUCAGCCGAACUAUCUCGAACGAUAUUUUGUGGAUUAUCAAAUGGAAAUAUACACGCCAUAUCAUUAUCACAAUUAACUACGUUACAACAUCAAAGUCAAAAUUCAUCAAUAACAAUUGAUCAAACGAAUUCCAGAAUAUUUAAUCAUCAUAGCGGAAUUGUUAAUUGUUUACAAUUAAGUGAUCAUGAACAGAUACUUUAUUCAGGAGGAAAAGAUAAAAAUUUUGCCAUAUGGGAUGUACCAUCUGGUCAAAUUCGAUUUAAAACACAAAAUCACGGUGCUAUUUCCAAUGUUUUUCUUACAAAAAUUGAUUUAAGCGAUGAGUCAAGCACAAAAAAUAUUUGUUUACCAUUUAAUACGUUAUCAAAUGAUUCUACAGGUGAAACAUCAGAAUAUAUGCUUUCUAAUGGAACCGAUGAUUCUAUUCAAUUAGUGGCAAUGCCUGGUACAACAACGGAUUACGAAGAGUUGGCCAUGCGCCAUAAUAUUAUAUCACCAGUUUAUCAUCAAAUGGCAACUAUGUUACUUAAUCAGCAGAUGAAUACUUGA